GCAGAUCAGACGCAGGUGAGGCUCUAACUGCUGAUAUCACUAAAACAAAUGUUACUUCUUGUUAAUGUCAGUGUAAAAACAUUCUUCCGGGAUCGGAGAGGACAACAUUGCCGAUAAAAGAAGCUGAAGUAGCCAAGACGUUUUUGACAACCAUGAGUAGCGGCUCUGCGGCUGAGCAGAUGGAUGAGGUGAGGAGCAGAGCCCAGUCGCUCCUCGCCUCCUCUGGUUUGGCCCAGACUGUGAAGGCUGAAGUCCAGACGAUGGCCGCCAUCCCUCUGCCCCUGUCAGAGAAGUACCUUCACUUCUCAGCAGAGGACAUGCUGAGGGAAAACACGACGGGUCGCAACAAACAGGAGGUUCUGGAGUGUCUGAGUCGACUGGUCAAGGCCUUUAGCAUCCUGGAAAAGUACGGGUGUAACCUGACUUGCCCCACCCGACCCAGAUACUGGAGGAGCGUCAAGCACAACAACCCCGUCUUCAGAACCACGGUGGACGCCAUCAAGGGAGGUCGCAGGGUCCUGUAUCUCUACGGCUACACCAACCAGCAGAUAGACGGCCUCAGUUUCCCCGACGAAAUCACCGAGCCAGACACCGAAAAGGUCGCUGCGAUCACGCUCGAGGUCAUGACCUUACGCACGGAGGUGGACAUGAUAGUGAAGGGCACCCAUCCUCACCUAGAACACUUCAAAGAUAUCAUCCCAUUUGUCAUCUCGCAGAGUAUGCUGGUGACUGACUCUGCGCUGCCUCGAGAAGAGAACCUGCCUGACAAACCUCAGAUCCCACCUCCUCCUGCUGAACCCGUUCCAGCCCCCAGGGCCCUGACAUCAGUCUCUCCCGCAGCGAGUUCCUGCAACUUGUGUGGCGGCGCGUCCACUCUGAACUGCCCUUCCUGCGACAAUCAGCCUUUCUGCGACGCAUGUGACGACAUCCUCCACCGGCACCCCUCCAGAGCCAGUCACAAGAGAGACAAAAUACAGAAAACCAAGCAAGAGACCUGCAGCAUCUGUGGCAUCGCCGCUGUCCACGCUCUGUGCUCCACCUGCUCCCAGAGGUUGUGUCUGAACUGCGACAGGCUCUUCCACUCUCACCCUGACCGCAAAGGACACAGCAGAACCACAAUCACACCGGUCAAAACGGCCAGUCCGCUUCUGUCCCCCUGGGAGUGCGCUUAUUGCACUACGGUGAACCAGAUGCGAGCCGUUCUCUGCACAACCUGUGAGCGCCCUCGGCUCGCCACGGCUGCAUCCGUCGCGCCGGAUAGCCCCGGUUCACUUCUCACGUCGCCAAACUCAGAGUGGCAGUGUAAGAGCUGCACGGUUGUGAAUCAAGGCAGCAGCAUCCUCUGUGAGGUGUGUGAGCGCCCUCGUCUUGCCACUCGCCCGCCCGUCGCCCCGGUGCUGACCACCCCCGGAUCUCCGUCUGACUCUGCAGCACAGUGGACUUGCCAGUUCUGCACCUACGUCAACACGAAACCCUCGACGGUGUGCGAGAUGUGCAACCUGCCCAGCAAAGACUCGGCCGCGGUUUCUCUGCCUCAGUCUCUGCAGCAGACGCCGGCCAGCGCCAGAGAUCCACCUCAGCCGGCCUCGAAGCCGCAGCCCAAGCCCAGAGCCAACCUGGAGCUGAAGAGGCAGAACACGAUGAGGGAGGACGGACUCACUCUCAUCCACCAGAUAAGAGAAGCAGAGAAGCGAGGCGUCAGCCCGGAGGAGGUGUACGCAGCUCUGGGCAUGUGCGGCGGCAGCAACCCCUGCGACUGGCUGACCUCGGAGCUGCCGCACCUGCUGGACGAAAUCUGCGCCAUGGCCGCCUCUGUCCAGCUGAACUACAAAACGGGGAACGCCGGGAUGCAGCCGAUGGUGGAGGGAGACGGGCAGGAGCCGGAGGUGAGCGCUCGGAACGCGGCGGGCGACGGCGUGAAGCUGUCCAGGGCCGAAGCCAAGCUGGCCUGGCUGGCGGCCGGAGGAGACACAGACAGAGCCGUGAAGCAGCUGCUGAGAGACAGACAAAUCAAGAUGAGGGAGCUGUACUCCCUGGGCUUCCGGGACGCGUCUAAGUGUGAGGAGGCCCUGCGGCAGAGCGGAGGUGAGGUGAAGGGGGCUCUGUCUCUGCUGCAGCGCCCCCUCCUGGAGCCCUUCCACCAGCAUAUCUGGAACGACCAGAUCGAGGCGCCGAUUGAUCCGAAACACCCGGACAAACAGAGGAUGUGCAGGCGGCUGCUGGCGUUGUAUGGCCUGCCCAGCUGGGGGCGCUGCGAGCUCGUCCUGUCCUUGCUCCAAGAGCCGGAUGUCACGUACUCGCUGGAGGACGUGGUGCAAGCCGUGAAGGAGUCGCAUGACAAGGAUUUCAUCCGGCGUCUCCUCAACAACGAGUGCCCCUGCUGUCUGAGCAUCUUCCCCCGCAGCAAGAUGCAGUCGCUGACCUCCUGCCAGUGCUCCGUCUGCCACGAGUGCUUCAGGCAACACUUCACCAUCGCUGUGAGAGACAAGCACAUCAGGGACAUGGUGUGUCCCGUCUGCGGCGAACCCGACAUCAACGACCCCGAGCAGCUGGACAGCUACUUCUCCACGCUGGACAUACAGCUGCGGGACUGCCUGGAUCCUGACGUUUACGACCUGUUCCAUAAAAAGCUGACCGAGCACGCUCUCAUGAAAGACCCCAAGUUCCUGUGGUGUUGUCACUGCACGUCCGGGUUUAUCAACGACGGAGACCAGCUGAAGGUCACCUGCAUGUCUUGCCGCAAGAGUUUUUGCGCUCAGUGCAAGAAGCCUUGGGAGCCUCAGCACCAGGACGUGACCUGUGAGCAGUUCCAGCAGUGGAAGAGGGACAACGACCCCGAGUACCAGAGGCAGGGCCUGGCCGGAUACCUGAGCGACCACGGCAUCACCUGUCCUCACUGCAGGUUUCAGUACGCUCUGACAAAAGGCGGCUGCAUGCACUUCAGCUGCUCCCAGUGCAGAUACGAGUUUUGCAGUGGCUGCAACAACCCCUACCACAAGACUAUAUGUAAAGCUCCUCUGUGUAAUUACCCCGGCCUGCACGCUCACCACCCGCGAGACUGUCUCUUCUAUCUCAGAGACUGGGAGCCUCAGAGGCUUCAGGCGCUGCUGCAGAGGAGUGGAGUGGACUUCAACACAGACGCACCUGAUGGAGCUCAGAAUGACACUUGCGGUGUGAUGGAGCAGAAAGAUGAAGGAGGCCAGCAGACCGAUUCGCCGUGCGGCACCAAAACACAACCGGGGCAAGCUGGACUCUGCGAGAAGCACUACAGGGAGUACCUGGUGAGUCUGAUAAACGCUCACUCCCUGGAUCCGGCUCUCCUCUACGAGCACAACGAUCUGAUUCGAGCCUGUGAGAGGUACCAGGUGGACACGCAGAGAGGAGACGCCGAGGAGGACGAGGCUUACCACGCUAGGAUGCUCAAGAAACUGAUGGAAGUUCCACUUGGAGAAAAAGUCCCUCGAAACAAGUAGGACGUCCCAGGAGUCUGGAAGUGAUCCUGAAAGGAGAGCACUUUGAUUAAAAAAAAAUGCGUUCUGGCCGCCUCCACUGUUGUUGUCGUCAAGCUGAUGUGAAUCAUCAGCAGGAUAGAUUCCAUGUGAAUGCCAAACCACAGGAAGAAAAUUACAUUUUUGUGGUGGCUUUGUCAAGCUGUCGUUUCUGAUUUGUGUUAAGAAACAUUUGCUCUGUUUUGUUUGUUGUUCUGUUCUCAUUUUUUUUUUUUUCUCCCUCACAAAUUGUAAAGAUGAUCAUCUGAUCUACGGGAACGGGUCUGUAAAGAAGUGUUUAUCUAAUGUUGUGUGCCUUAAAGUGACACAAAUGUUGAACUCUCAGAGAAACUGAUUGGUGACGUGAAGAAUCGGAUCAUUUUGAUUUAUCUCCUGCACUUGGUGAAGAAUGUGAGUUCAUUUCAGUAUAAAAUUGUAUAAAUAAAUGAACACAAACUAAUCACAUUUAUCUUAUGUACGCUGGAUAAUUCAAGUUGAAACGAAAAUAAAUGUUUAUUUUAAAAGGA